CAACAACCGGGGUCGCGGCGGGCCCCGGGCCUCGGUGGAGCAGAAAUGGAUUCCCAGGAGAUCAAAGAGCUGCAGCAAGAAGUGAUGGAGGAGCUGGGAAUCUCCAUGGAGGAGCUCCAGGAUAUCAUCGACAAAGAGCUGGAGAAGUUUGAGUGCGUGAAGCAGAGGAAGCAGCAGCUGGAGGAGCUGGAGAAGUGCGUGAAACAGAAGGAAGAAGAGGUGGCUCGCGUUGACCGGCUUUUUGAUGACGCUUCAAGAGCCAUUGAUAAAUGCGAGAUACUGGUGAAGGAUCUGUACUCCAAGCUGGGCCUCCGGUACCGCGAGAGCAGUUCUGAGGACGAGGACUUGGCUGCCAAGCCCAUGGAAGUGAUUGAGAUCCCAGAUGAGGACGACGAUGAUGUCAUGAGUAUCGAUUCGGGCUGGAAGCACAGCGAUAGCAGUCCCAGAAUCGCAAAGGAUCAGACUCUGCUGCGGGAAGCCAUGGCUGCAAUGAGAAAGUCUGCCCAGGAUGUUCAGAAAUUUAUGGAUGCCGUGAACAAGAAAACAAGUGCCCAGGACGCACAAAAAGAUGCACAAACCCCUCAGGAAGCUCCUGGCACCGUCCAGCCCGUUGGCCCUGCAGCGGCGGGGAGCGAUCUCAGCAAUGACGGCGAUCUGAACGUUGGCAUGAGGAUCCUGGGCAAAAAGAGAACCAAAACGUGGCACAAAGGAACUCUAAUUGCAAUCCAGACGGUCGGUGCUGGAAAGAAGUACAAAGUGAAAUUUGAUAAUAAAGGGAAGAGUUUGCUUUCUGGCAAUCACAUCGCUUAUGACUAUCACCCCUCACCCGAGAGACACUAUGUUGGCAGCAGGGUUGUGGCAAAAUACAAAGAUGGGAAUCAGGUUUGGCUGUACGCUGGCAUUGUGGCUGAAACCCCAAACGUAAAGAACAAAGACAGGUUCCUGAUCUUCUUUGAUGAUGGCUACGCUUCGUAUGUCAAGGAGUGGGAGCUGUACCCAAUCUGCAGGCCACUGCAAAAGACCUGGGAAGACAUAGAGGAUGUUUCCUGUCGCGAUUUCAUUGAGGAGUACAUCACGGCCUACCCCAACCGUCCCAUGGUGCUGCUGAAGAAUGGCCAGCUGAUCAAAACGGAGUGGGACGGGACCUGGUGGAAAUCCAGAGUGGAAGAAGUGGAUGGCAGUCUGGUCAAAAUCCUUUUCCUGGAUGACAAACGUUGUGAGUGGAUUUACCGGGGUUCCACGCGCCUCGAGCCCAUGUUCAGCAUGAAAACUUCCACAGCCUCCACCCAAGAAAAGAAGCAAAGUGGGCAAGCAAGGACUCGUCCCAAUGUCGGUGCUGUCAGGAGCAAAGGGCCUGUAGUACAAUAUACGCAAGACUUAGCGGGAGCUGGUACCCAGUACAAACCAUUAGAGCAAAUGCAGGCAGCCUCGCUGGCUGCACGGUCCGUCUCCCCGCAGCCUGCUGAGAUGGAAUGCUCUGACAGUCAGCUGGCCCAGUCGAGAAAGCAAGUGGCCAAGAAAAGCACUUCCUUCCGUCCUGGCUCCGUGGGCUCUGGGCAGUCGUCACCUUCUUCGCCUGUCCUAAGUGAUACGCCUCCGGCGGGAAGGACCGGUGCGUCCCAGCAGCAUCGGCUCUCCAGCGGCCAGGCAGGCAGUGGCAUGGCGCAGGCCUUCCACGGCAUGAUGGACCGCGUGCCCAACGAGCCCUCUUACCGAGCCCCGCUGGAGAAACUCUUCUACCUGCCGCACGUCUGCACCUACGCCUGCCUGUCCCGCGUCCGUCCCAUCCGCAGCGAUCAGUACCGCAGCAAGAACCCCCUCCUCAUCCCGCUGCUCUACGACUUCCGACGGAUGACAGCCCGCCGACGGGUCAACCGCAAGAUGGGCUUCCACGUCCUCUACAAGACGCCAUGUGGGCUGUGCCUGCGAACCAUGCAGGAGAUCGAACGCUACCUUUUUGAGACAGACUGCGACUUCCUUUUCCUGGAGAUGUUCUGCCUGGACCCGUACGUGCUGGUGGAUCGCAAGUUCCAGCCCUACAAACCCUACUACUACAUCGCAGACAUUACCAAGGGCAGGGAGGACGUCCCGCUGUCCUGUGUCAACGAGAUCGAUAACACCCCGCCUCCGCAGGUGGCCUACAGCAAAGAACGCAUCCCCGGCAAAGGGGUUUACAUCAACACCAGCUGGGAGUUCCUCGUGGGCUGCGACUGCAAAGACGGCUGCAGAGACAAAUCGAAAUGUGCCUGUCACCAGCUGACAGUCCAAGCGACUGGCUGCACCCCAGGUGGGCAGAUCAACCCCAAUUCAGGAUACCAGCACAAAAGGCUGGAAGAAUGCCUCCCGACAGGAGUUUACGAGUGUAACAAGAGGUGCAAGUGCAACAUUAACAUGUGCACCAAUCGCUUGGUCCAGCACGGGCUCCAAGUCCGACUGCAGUUAUUCAAGACGCAGAACAAAGGCUGGGGCAUUCGCUGCCUUGAUGAUAUUGCUAAAGGCUCUUUUGUCUGCAUCUACGCAGGGAAGAUCCUCACGGAUGACUUUGCCGACAAAGAGGGGUUAGAGAUGGGUGACGAAUAUUUUGCAAACCUGGAUCACAUUGAGAGCGUGGAGAACUUCAAGGAGGGCUACGAGAGCGACGCAAAAUGCUCUUCUGACAGCAGCGGAGUGGACCUCAAGGACGAAGAGGAGGAAAACACAGGCACUGAGGAGCAGGAGGAGUCCAACGAGGACAGCUCUGACGACAACUUCUGCAAGGACGAGGACUUCAGCACCAGCUCGGUAUGGCGCAGCUAUGCCACGCGACGGCAGACCCGGGGCCAGAAGGAGAACGGGCUGUCGGAGACGGCCUCCAAGGACUCGGGGCUCACCCGGCAGAUCAGCCAUGAUGAGACGGCGGUGGCUGGCUCCUGUAAGCUGCCGGUGUCGGAGGAGACCUCCAAGAACAAAGUGGCCUCGUGGCUGAGCUCCAACAGCAUGUCUGACGGCUUCCAGGACAACGACAGCGCCUCCUCCUUCAAGAUGAGCGAAAGCGGCGAAGCCAAGGCCGGCAAAACGGAGCUCCCUGGUGAGAGAGAGAAAGCCUGUGCUUCUGCCCUGGGCGACCUGGACGGAGAGUCAAAGGCAUCGAAGAAAGACGAACCUGAAGAUCCAACCAAAAUUCCCGGGCUAAGCGACUUGGGAAGGAUGUAUGGCUACAACCCGAGCCCUCCCAAACUGGAAGGGAUCCGGAGGCCGACGAGCAAGACCGCCCUGCUGCAGAGCAGACGGCAUUCUCUCGCCCCGCAGCCCACCACAGAUGACGUGCUGACGCUGUCGAGCAGCACGGACAGCGAGGGGGAGAACGGGCAGGCGGUGGCGGGGCAGGCCCAGGGCACCACCAAUGACAGCGAUGACAUCCAGACCAUUUCCUCGGGCUCCGAGGAGGAGGAAGGGGACGACAAGAAAAACCCCUCGUCUGGGUCAGGUCCGGUUAAGAGGCAGGUGGCGGUGAAAUCCACCCGAGGCUUCGCCCUGAAAUCAACUCACGGGAUCGCCAUCAAGUCGACGAACAUGGCAGCGGCCGACAAGGGCGAGAGCGCGCCCGUCCGCAGAACCACCCGCCAGUUCUACGACGGAGAGGAGUCCUGUUAUAUCAUCGAUGCCAAGCUGGAAGGGAACCUGGGCCGGUACCUCAAUCAUAGCUGCAGUCCUAACCUCUUCGUGCAGAACGUUUUCGUGGACACGCACGACCUCCGCUUCCCCUGGGUCGCCUUCUUCGCCAGCAAGAGGAUACGAGCCGGCACAGAGCUGACGUGGGAUUACAACUACGAAGUGGGCAGCGUGGAAGGCAAAGAGCUGCUGUGCUGCUGCGGGGCUAUCGAGUGCCGAGGGCGGCUGCUGUGAGCCCAGCCGUGCUCCCACCGGAUCCCUCCUGACCGCAGCCUUGGUGCUGACUUUCCUUUUGUGAGGGUGAAGUUUCUUCUCAAGAAGUGGUUGUUUAAUAGUAACCGUUACGAAGCCGAGUACAAAAGCGGCUUCGAGUUCUCCCGUUCACUUGAAAACGACAGCGGCAGACGGACACGGAACAGAAGCGUAACCCGGCACGCGGGCGACGGCUGCGGUGGGGGGGUGAUGCCCAAACCUGAUGCUGUGAGCUUUGCUUCUACCACGUCCCAGGGGCGACAGGCGCCCCGCGCCAGCACGCUCUCUGCCUCGGCGCCGCAGGGAAGGCCGUUAGCCAAGCCCUUACCUGCCUGAGGUGCUGACAAGCAGCCGUUCCUGCUCUCUUCCAGCUCGCCACCAAAUUUAAGACACAAAGCCCUGGGUGCUGAUGCCGGUUUUCCGGCAGGAAACGCUUCACCAAGGCUCCGGGGAAGGGCUUCACGCUUGGGACUGAGCUGUUGAUGUCCCUGCGGCCUUGGGACCGGGCUGGGAGGGAGCGAGGAUGGUGGAGAUAAAUCCAGAUUGGUCCACUCUUACUGGGCUUAUAGUGGCGAUGUGAAUUUAAGUGAAAAAAAGCAGUCUUCAACUGUGAUUAUGUUGUAAAGAAUCUUUUCAUUGUUAAAAAGCAAUAAAGUAUGUUUUUCUAUUAA